AUGCCUUGCUGUUGUCGUUUCAACCCAACACUAGUAUGUCAAGGGGGGAGGAGUUCCCAAGGACCGGCUUUGGAUUCAUUACGGCCGCGGCCUCGAGAAGUCUGGAACCGCCGGCCAAGAGCAGGCACGCCCACCACAAAAAAGGUGGCAGUAUUACAGGUCCCAGGUGUUGAAAUUGUUAAUGCCAUGGACUUUCUUGUUCCUAAUUUUUUCCCCUAUUAUUAUUCCUUUUAUUAUUCUUUUGUCAUUUCCUUUCUUACUCGUGUGUUAUUCGUAUGGCAGCCGUUCUGA